AUGGCCAAAAAAUGGUUUUCAAGAGCUAGACAAAGUCACGAAUUGGUACCGAGCAGCGAGGAGCCCCAACAACAACAGAGCCUUCAACCUGUUGAAACUAAAACCCUGAGAGAAGGAACACAAAAAAGUGAUGCAAAUGGGGAUGAUGCUUUAUUGCACGAUUCACACCCUCAAAAAGGGAAACGAAAACUUUCUGUAUUGGGGCAUGAACUUUUUGAUAGAGGGCAAUGGAGUGGUCAAUUCGAUUUUUUAAUGAGUAUGAUUGCAUAUGCCGUUGGAUUAGGCAAUGUUUGGCGAUUCCCCUAUUUAUGCUUUAAAAACGGAGGAGGCUCUUUUCUUGUUGUUUAUGCUUUGUUUUUUGUCUUUGGAGCCGUGCCUAUUUUUAUAAUGGAAGUGACAGUCGGUCAAUAUUUACAAAGGGGUGCUAUGGAAAUGUGGAAAAUGUGUCCUAUUUUUAAAGGUAAAGAGAAAUAG